GAGAGAGAAUCCGGGCUCCUCUUCGCCAGUCAACUGCCUCAACUGCGAAGCGAGUGUGACCGACCGGCGGUGCCUCCUCCUCCCCGCUGGUUCCUCUUUUCCUGAGAGUUUCUCCUCGCGCGCAGGUCGUGAAGAUGCACCGUCCUGCCCAGGGACCGGCGUUGGUACUGUCGGUGGCUUUGUGGAUUUUCUGCCACGUCAACAGUGUGCACGGAGCUUUGCCAACAUCUCAGAAGUGUGACGAGGCUCUAGCUUCUCCUCUUCCUCACACGGCCUUCACCAGCUCGUCCGUGUUCUCCAACGGCUACGCACCCGGAUAUGCGAAGCUCAACAGGAGAGGAGGUGCUGGUGGCUGGUCUCCUCUGGACAGUGACCAUUACCAGUGGCUACAGGUGGACCUUGGAUCAAGAAAGCAGGUUAGCGCCAUAGCAACACAGGGUCGCUAUAGCAGCUCCGAUUGGACGACGCGGUACCGUCUCCUCUACAGCGACACAGGAAGGAACUGGAAACCAUAUCACCAAGACGGCAACAUUUGGGCCUUCUCCGGGAACUCCAACUCGGAGAGCUCAGUCCGCCACGAGCUACAGCAGGGAAUCAUGGCGCGCUUCCUGAGGCUCGUUCCGCUGGACUGGAGCGAGGAGGGACGGAUCGGUCUGCGGGUAGAAGUUUACGGCUGCUCCUACUGGGCGGGCGUGAUCAACUUUGACGGACAGGGUGUCAUCUCUUAUCGCUUUAAGGUGAAGAAGAUGAAGAUCAUUAAGGACGUGAUCGCACUGAGGUUCAAGACGUCAGAGAGUGACGGUGUGAUUCUUCACGGGGAGGGACAGCAGGGCGACUACAUCACCCUGGAGCUUCGCAUGGCCAAGCUGCUGCUGCAGAUAAACCUGGGCAGUAAUCAGUAUGGAUCUAUCCUGGGGCAUACCUCUGUGACCACCGGCAGCCUCUUGGAUGACAAUCACUGGCACGCGGUGGUGAUCGAACGCUACCGGCGGAAUGUUAACUUCUCCUUGGACAGUCACACUCAGCACUUCAGGACCAACGGAGAGUUUGACCACCUCGAUUUGGACUACGAGUUGAGUUUUGGGGGUAUGCCGUACAGCGGGAAGCCCGUCGGAGGAGGAAGGAAGAACUUUAAAGGCUGCAUGGAGAGCAUCAACUACAAUGGAGACAACAUUACUGACCUGGCCCGCCGAAAGAAGCUGGACACCUCCAGCUUUCGUAACCUGUCCUUCUCCUGCGUGGAGACCCACACCUUCCCGGUCUUUUUCAAUGCCACCAGCUUCUUGCAACUGCCGGGUCGGGCAAAUCACGACACAAUAUCUGUGAGCUUCCAGUUUCGUACAUGGAACCCUGAUGGGCUCCUCCUCUUCAGUAAUCUUGAUGACGGGACGCUGGAGAUCUCCCUGGAGGACAGCAAGGCUGCAGUUCAUAUCAAUGUUACCAUGGGGACCAGAAACAACCGCGUAGACUUAUCGUCAGGUUCGGGCCUUAACGACGGUCAGUGGCAUGCCAUACGCUUGGUCGCCAAGGAGAACUUUGCCAUGUUGACCAUAGACGGCGAGGAGGCGUCUGCUGUGCGCUCCACCUUGCCUCUCACCAUUACCACAGGAGGAACCUACCACUUGGGAGGGUACUUUCUCCAGACGCUGUUCCCACCCUCCCAGCGUACCUUCCAGGGCUGCAUGCAAGCAAUCUUGGUUGACGACCAAGCAGCUGAUUUGCAUGCAGUGGAAAAAGGCACCGUGGGAGCUUUUGAGAAUAUCAGCCUCGACAUGUGUGCAAUUAUAGACAGGUGUAUGCCGAACCAUUGUGAGCACGGUGGGCGGUGCAAGCAGACCUGGGACAGUUUCAGCUGUACCUGCGAUGGAACCGGAUACACUGGAGCCACCUGCCACACUUCGAUCUAUGAGCCGUCAUGUGAGGCCUAUAAGCACCUGGGCAGGUCCUCUGACACCUACUGGAUCGACCCCGACAGCAGCGGGCCCCUUGGCCCCUUCAAAGUCAAUUGCAACAUGACAGACGACAAAGUGUGGACGACCGUCAUGAACAACCUGCCACCCAAAAUCGCAGUGACCGGCUCCAGCAGAGAAAGACGCACCGUCUUACAGGUCAACUACAGCACCUCCAUGGAACAGGUGACAGCCAUCACCACCAGCGCAGAAUACUGUGAGCAGCAAAUCGCCUACAGCUGUCGCAUGUCCAGGCUGCUCAACACUCCAGAUGGGACCCCGUACACAUGGUGGGUUGGCCGGGGCAGCGAGAAGCACUUCUACUGGGGGGGCUCGGGGCCCGGCAUCCAGAAGUGCGCCUGUGGCAUCGACAGGAACUGCACGGACCCCAAAUACGACUGCAACUGCGAUGCUGACAGCAAACAAUGGAGAGAGGAUUCUGGCCCGCUGACAUAUAAGGAACACCUGCCAGUCAGCCAGGUUGCCGUGGGUGACACCAACAGACCGGGCUCUGAAGCCAAGCUGACUGUCGGACCGCUGCGUUGCCAAGGAGAUAAUAACUACUGGAAUGCUGCAUCCUUCACCACCCCGUCAUCCUACUUGCACUUUGCCACCUUCCAUGGGGAGACCAGCGCCGACAUCUCCUUCUACUUCAAGACCAGUGCGCCCUACGGCGUCUUCCUGGAAAACCUGGGAAACACAGACUUCAUUCGCUUGGAGCUCAAAUCUCCUAAAGUCAUCUCCUUCUCCUUCGACGUUGGAAACGGACCGGUGGAGUUGACGGUGCAUUCGGCCGCGCCCCUCAACGACGACCAGUGGCACCGCGUGAGUGCCGAGCGGAACGUGAAGGAGUCGGUCCUUCAGCUGGACCAAACUCAGCGGGCGUCCCGGCUCGCUCCCGCUCAGGGCCACACGCGGCUCGAGCUGUUCAGCCAACUCUACGUGGGUGCGGCGGGGGGGCAGAGGGGCUUCCUGGGCUGCAUCCGAGCCCUGCGGAUGAACGGCAUCACCCUGGACCUGGAGGAGAGGGCCAAGGUCACGCCCGGGGUCAAGCCAGGUUGCCAAGGCCACUGCACCAGUUUUGGGAUGUACUGCCGCAACGGAGGGAAGUGCGUGGAGAGGUACAACGGCUACCUGUGUGACUGCAGCACCACCGCCUACGACGGCCCGUUCUGCACCAGAGAUGUCGGCGGCUUCUUCGAGGCAGGAACAUUGGUCAAAUACAACUUCAUGCCGCAGGCGGUCGCAGGAGCCAGCAGGGACUCAAAGACCCUGACGCGCCAGCAGGCGCCACAUGAGGUGAACCUCACAAAGGAGGAAGUGGCGUUCAGUUUCAGCACCUCCAACGCUCCAGCCAUUCUGAUGUAUGUCAGCUCCAAGACGCAGGAUUAUCUGGCCGUGGUCUUGAGGCAGAACGGUUCACUACAGGUCCGGUAUUACCUGGGAGGUCUGAAGGAGCCAUUCUCCAUAGACGUGGACCAGCGUAACCUGGCCAACGGACAGCCACAUAGCAUUAACAUGUCCCGUGUGGACCGCAGCAUCACCAUCCAGCUGGAUCAUUACCCUGCAGUCAGCUACACGCUGCCAGACGAGUCGGACACACAGUUCAGCCUGGUGAAGACGCUGUUUUUGGGGAAAGUCUUCGAAACUGGACAUAUAGACCCCGACCUCAUCAAGCGUUACAACACCCCAGGCUUCAUUGGGUGUCUUUCGCGGGUACAGUUCAACGGCGUCGCGCCCCUCAAGACCGCACUGAGAGCCGCCGCGCGGAACCAGGCGACACCGAUAGCCGGCCAGCCGGACAGGCCGCCUGCUGCCGCCUCGCCGGUGUCUUACCAGGGCAAACUGGUGGAGUCCAACUGCGGGUCGUCGCCUCUCACCAUCCCACCGAUGUCUGCUGCGACGGAUCCCUGGCAUCUGGACAACACGGAUGCCGAGCUUCCCAUCAAUGAGGAGCGAGUGAUUCCUGAUGGCGUCAACAGAGACUCGGCCAUCAUUGGCGGCAUCAUCGCCGUCGUGUUGUUCACCAUCUUGUGCACUCUGGUGUUCCUGAUCCGCUACAUGUUCCGUCACAAAGGCACCUACCACACCAACGAGGCCAAGGGCGGCCGCGAGCAGGCCGGCGAGUCGGCGGACACGGCCAUCAUCGGCACCGACAACCAAAAGACCAUCGACGAGUCGAAGAAGGAGUGGUUCAUCUAACGUGCCGCAGAGGAAGGGGGGGGGGGGUCGAAUCAAACGACCGAUCACAGGAACGAUGGCGGGGAGGGAAUUCAGUAGGACAAUAAUCUCCUGGAGAGGGCGCGGCCGUGGGAGAGACGUGUACAGAAAUAUAUUUCGUUUAUUGGUUGUUUUUUUUAUAUAUUCAGAGUAUUAGAAAGAGAAGGGGAGCGCAGCCCUGAGAGACUCUACAUGUAAAUACCAACCGGCUUGUCCUUCUUUGUAUUGUGCUUGGGAGUUUUCAAGAGUCCUUUAAAUACUGUUUAUGACAAAUAAUUAUACUCACUGGGUUGUGUGAUAGCACAGAUUUAUUUCCAGUCUCUGUUUUUCAUUUUCAUUUAAUUUUUUAACAAAAAUCUUAUAUCAAAAAUGAUCAAAUCAAAAUGCCAAACUUAAUUUUUCUUUUCUUUACCAGUCUGUCCCGCUCAUAUCCGUCGAAUGACAUGCCACUCAUAUUGUGGUAAUACAGAGUUGAAUAUGGAUGCCAAAACUCACUGUGUAAAUAUAAUAUUUUGUGUUUUCUUUCUUUUUCUUAAAAGAUUUAUUCAGAGUCCAUAACAUAGAUCUAUAUUACAAUAAUAUCAUCUGUCCAUCCAUUAUAUUAUAUAUGAUUUGACUAUAGAGUUUUACGUUUAAAUCUCAUGACAUUCGAUUGUACGGGUCACAUUUCUUUCCGAGGAAGAGCAGAGGAGGUUUUUUUUUUUCUUAGAGCAUGGCGGGAUAUCAUAACACUCCAUAAGCACGGCAGCUUUCUUUUCAUUUUGGACGCGUCGAACCGCGAUCCUUUCCUUCAGCAGUCCGUUUGUUCUUUGCCAAAACACUUGAGUCUUAUGUCGUUACUGGCUUAAAUUAGGAGUUUAUUCAAUGACAUUAGACUGACGUAUGUUUGCCGUGUGUUCAUGCAUCUGUGUGUGUGCGUGUGUGUUGGUCCGAUGAAAAGAACUUGGUGUGUUGGAAAGAAGGGGUGCCAUAUGAAACACACUUAAUGAGCCCUGCUGAGGCUCCAGACGUCAUGCAUUCAGUGCUUGAAAGCAGUACAAAUUAAAAA